UGCGCGUGCGUGGAGCGUGUGGAUGUUUGUCCCACUUUGCUCUUUUUAUCAUUUUACGUCUGCCGGGCGCGCGCGCGCGCGCGUGGGGUGCGGACAUGUCGAGGCAGGGUGAAGGUGUGGCGUUCUCGUCACGCGAGGAAAGUUAACGCUGCUGCCCCCCCCAUUCCUUGCGCGUGGACUCGUGCCGUAAAGCAAAGCGCGGAGAGCGGAUCCAGAACCGCAGUCGGACCUGAAACCAGCAGCAGAGCCGGUUGGUCUCGGAUCGUGCAGCACUUCAUUUUCUACUUUCUUUCGCCGCCUGUUGAACAGUCAUUGACCAUGCGCAGAUUCAGCUCUGAGGGAUCCUUGAUGGAGCUGGACUUCCUGACACUGAGGAAGAUGAAGGGGGCGGGCAACAUGAUCAACGAAGACUCUCGUUCCCAGACAAUUUCCCCACAAAAUGACAGACCCGCCAAAGCGUCCAAAACGCCCCUCGUCAAACAGAAGCAGCAUGUCGGCGAUGUGAAGAAGGGCCGGAUGAACAAAGACCAGAGCGUCAGCGCAGAGAACCUGGUCGAGGUGGACAAGGUCAGCCCGCGGCUGCUGGAAACCUGCAACCUCAACGAAAGCUUCAGGGCCUACAGCGACGGCCAGCUGGCUCAGACCGCCAACGGCAGCAUGGAGAGCAUGGAGAGCAUGGAGAAGGACAGGACACAGGCAUCCACAUCCUCGCUGCCUCGCAACCGAGCAAGGCUGAUGACUGCGAAACAGCACCUCAAAAGUCUGUUCAGCCAGAGUCCUCAUUCCUCCAACUCCAACCUUUACAACUCGGAUCAGAAGGACAGCGCACAGGAGAGACGCUCCCGCAUGCUAUUCAUGCGGCAGUGGAGCCAGGUGGGCCACACCAGGAGGAAGAGGUUCAGGCAGGCGGAGCUGGAGAAGUGGGCGGAGUCUCUGAACACCUUGCUGGCCUCCUCGACCGGGGUAGCAGUGUUCGGAGCGUUCUUGCGUUCAGAGUUCAGCGAGGAGAACCUGCAGUUCUACUUGGCCUGCCAACAGUACCGGCACUCGUCAAACAAAUUCAGCCUGCAGAGGAGGGCCAAGGCCAUCCGGGCCACCUACAUCGAACCAGGAUCCACACGUGAGGUGAACCUGGACAGCAAGACGAGAGAGCUCACCCUCCAGCUGCUGCAGGCGCCCUCGCACACCUCCCUGAACAUGGCUCAGAAACGGAUCUACUCUCUUCUGGACACAGACUGUUACCCCCGCUUCCUGCAGUCCACUAUUUACCAGACAUUAAUGGAUGAGGCUGACUAGUGGUCAGAGUUCUGGAUCCAGGGCGGCGUUGCACGGCGCUCAGGAUUUGAAAGGACGUUGCUUCCAGUACGAGUUAGGGACUUUAAUUGGAGAAGAGUUCCUGUGUUAAGAGACUCUUGCGCCCCGUCGAACUGGGUGCAUGUCUGUUCUUUCAACAUUCAAGUGUUUCCUGAGCAGUCUGUGGAGCGGCCUUCAUCGAGCUUCAAUCCUGGGGAACCAGCCUUCUCCAGGGUGUCUGAAUCCAACUCCGUGACUUCUCUGGAAGAAAAACUCCUGUUCCCGCUUCCUUGGAAUGUGAUGUUUUGUUUUAUUUGAGACUCUUAACUCUGACCUAUGAGUCAUCCUGGCAGAAGCGGAUCCUCAUUCAGGUCUGACUCACACAUUCUUUAGUUUUCCACUUUCACAUCAGCUUCAAGGACUUGCUAAAAAACGAUGAACACAUGGCAGCUUCUUCAACAAAACAGCACAUUCCUGCAAAAUGGGUCAGGAGAAGCUUGUAGUGCUGAUGGUGAAGGCGUGUAGAAGUGCAGCUUCCUGUCUUUGAGUAGUGCUUGGAACGGCUGCACUUUGAGGAAGAUCUACACGUCGCCUCAUCCAUCAAAGACCUUGUUCAUUUUUACUGAGGUGUCAUAGCAAACUUUAAUAAAUGGAAGAUGGAA